CCCCGCUGCCCCGCCAGCCCAUCUUGCCGGUAAUGGGCGGUCAUUUCAGCGGCUUAACGAAGGUGGCGGAGUCGGGGCCGGUCGUCAGAUGGAUCGAAAAGCCGGCGUCCGGGCGGAGCUGUUGAAGGCCUGACGAGUCGGUCGGCCGGCUGGUGGGUCUGGAGUCUGGAACGGGCGCAGGAUGGCCGGGCUGAUCAAGAAACAGAUUCUCAAACACCUGUCCAGGUUUACAAAGAACCUCUCGCCUGACAAAAUCAAUCUAAGUACACUGAAAGGGGAAGGUCAACUGACAAACCUGGAGCUUGAUGAAGAGGUGCUGCAAAAUGUCCUAGAUCUGCCCACGUGGUUGGCUAUCACCAGAGUGUACUGCAAUAAGGCAGCCAUCAGGAUACAAUGGACGAAGCUCAAGACCCAUCCCAUUUGUCUGUUCCUUGAUAAAGUGGAGGUGGCAAUGAGGACUUGUGAAGAACCUCGUCCUCCAAAUGGGCCCUCUCCAAUUGCCAUUACAGCAGGUCAAAGUGAAUAUGGCUUUGCUGAAAAGGUUGUGGAGGGAAUGUCUAUCGUAGUAAAUUCCAUUGUUGUUAAAAUUGAAGCAAAAGCAUUCAACACUUCCUUCGAGCUGUGGCAGCUACAAGGUUAUAGUGUAAAUCCCAAGUGGCAGCAGAGUGAUCUACGAUUCACGAGGAUUACAGAUCCAGAGCGAGGGGAGGUUUUGACUUUUAAAGAAAUAAACUGGCAAACACUUCGUAUUGAAGCUGAUGCCAUCCCAGGUGAUCAGAGCAUUAUCAGCACACCGCUAAGACUCAUCACCAAUCAAUCAAAAAUCAGACUUGUACUUAAGAGAAGGGUGAAGGAUUGCAAUGUAGUUGGCUCGAAGCUCAUGUUCCUGCUGGAUGAUUUGCUGUGGGUUCUCACUGACUCGCAAUUGAAAGCAAUGAUUGAAUAUGCACAGUCUCUCAGCGAAGCUAUGGAAAAUUCUGCCAAACAGCGGAAGAGAAUGGCUCCGGACACAGCAGGGACUAGUGGCUUAGCAUCUGGUACUCAUCAGCAACGAACACAACCACCGCAUACAAGUAACAGCUCAAACAGCAUUAGCCAGUACUUUGAAAUGUAUGAUGUGAAAGAAUCAUCCUAUCACAGUCAUAUCUCACGGCUGGAUUUGCAUAUAUGUGACGAUGGUCCCUCCAUGGAAGAAGGAGGGUCCAAACAUCGAGUAGCUGGAGGAGCUAUACAGUUAACAUUUAAAAAUUUGAGUCUGGAUUACUACCCUUUCCACUGGGCAAAUGAUAGUUGUAAACAUUGGGUUAGGCACUCUGAAGCCAUGGAAUCCAGAGCACAAUGGGUUCAAGACCUGCUGCAAGAAUUUCAGUCCAAAGUACAAACAAUAGUAGAUCACCAUGAGGACACGACAGUUGUAAAAUCUCCAACAAAGGAAUCUCCCAGUAAAUGGAAAGGUCUGCAAGACUCUGGGGCUGGGAGUUCAGCAGCAAGAGUAGGAUCACCAACUUGGAAGGCAAGUGCUUCUGGCAAAAGACGAGCAAGUGACCAAUCAACAGCAGCUACUUCUCCUGAUUCUUGGAAACUAACGUGGAGUAGGCUGCUCUCCAGCUGUGUGGUUGUCCGUGUUGAUGACUUGGAUGUUUAUCAGGUCUCAGCAGCAGGUCAGCACGGAAAGAAGCCUACGACCUUGCUUUCCUGCAACAGGGUGUCCUACCAUCUUCCGCCUGGCAUGUCAGCAAUUCACAUUGAAUUUACUGAAUACUAUUUCCCUGACAGUAAAGAGUUUCCUGUGCCUUGCCCUAAUCUUUAUGUGAAGUUGAAUGCCUUGCAAUUUACAUUGGAUCCAGUGAGUAUGCUAUGGGUGAACUCCUUCUCUUUGGACCUUUAUCAGACCCUUCAGCAGUUCAAAGCCAUCUAUAAAUUGAAUAAUUCUGUGAAAGUGGAUGAACAUGUUGACUUUUGCAUGAAUGGACUCAUGUUGAAGCUGGUAAUUCCAGUGGACCAGAAGGUAAUGGCUCAUCCAGACAAGCCACAAUACCUUACCAUUCAGACUUCAGAUGUUGUGGCUACGAACACACGACACUCCCCGAAUUGCAAGCACUCUGAUCUCCAAAUGAUGCUAAAAGCCUUUAAAGACUCUGAAUUCUUUCAUGUGUCUUAUAAGGAGUUCCCCAAAUCUGUAGACAGUUUUGAUGUGCUUCAAGGUGUAUUUUUUCAUCAUGCUUAUGAGCAACAAAUUAAUCUAGACAGAAUUUGCACUCAGAAGAACUUUGGCCAUGAUGCAUUAAAAGCGUCAUCAGCUGCAGACAUGUGGUCACUCCAUUUUUCUCAACUCUGGUUGGACUUUGAAGGUAUAGAGAGCUCAAAAGACAAGCCUUUCAGUUUUGUGGAUGCAUUUCCUCUUUCCAUAUGGGUAUCUCAACCAUCCAAGGCACAAUCAAGUUAUUCAACAUCUGCAUACACUACUAAUUUAGAAGAUUGCAAAAGUAGUGUGGGUCAUAAAUUUGGUAUGCACAGCUGCACAGAGCCCUUUGGAAAUGGGCUGCAGGAUUUCAUGGCCACGCAAACACUCAGAUCUUCUGAAGGAAUCGAUGCACAUCUGACCACUCAACAGGCAAGAGUGAAAGAAUCCAACAGAAAGGAUGACUCUGAGGCAGACGUUCACGUUCUUGUGUAUAGCACUGCCCAUGUGAAAGCACGCAUGAACCACUACCAUUACCUUGUGUUACUGCGGCUAAAGGAAUGCUUUGCUCAGCUACAGGACGACUUGACUCAGGAUAGGGAAAGGUUGACUAAGAAUACUGUUAACUCUGGUAGUACUUGUAUCGGAUUGUUGAUUAAUAGUGCUGAAAUUGCUUUACUGCUCCAUCCUGUUCCAACCACAGAUUGCGAUGUACAAUCCCAAAACUCUGAAAGCACAAGCCUUGCUGAGUCUGAGCUUUCACUUUCUGAUAGUAGAGAAAGAUUGGCUGAGGAGGACAAGCCUUUGGACAGAACAACAAGUGAUCAGCUGGACAAUACCAUCAGUUCUAUGCAUGAUAGUGGAAUUCACAAUGGGGACUCAAGUACGGUUACCUUAUUGGACUAUGGAGUUUCAGCACAAGAUGGAACUGUUGUGAGUGGUGCUCCCUUUUCUAAUGCUGACACAGUGACAAAUCAAUCAUCUGAAAAAGGACCUGUGGAAGAAGCAUAUGAAGCAGUAGAGUCACUUGUCACUGAGAUUCCUGAAGAUACCAAUGAUCACUGCAUCCCAAACACCACUUUAGAAAAGAGCGAGUCCUUGACUUUGAAUCCACAAAAGAGUAGGGCAUCAGACAAUAUUGCACAGAUGGACCUUGCUCCUUUUGGGGAUGUUGGUGUGGAUUCAACUCCAUUGAGUGUAUCAAAGGAUGUGGCUAAAGAAGCUCUGCUUAUGACUGUGGAUUUAACUAAAGAAGCUGUUUCUCUCACAAAAGAUGCUUUCAGUCUCAGCAAGGAGAAGAUGGCUAACACUAUGCAAAAGAUGCUUUCUCUGUCAUCCUCUAGAGAACAGAUCUCCAAAGGUGAAGACAAUCUGUCCUCUUCAUUAUCCAGCACUAAACUGCGAUUUUUAAACAUGAAACGCACCUCGUCACAGCAUUCCUUGGACACUACGUCACUUGAUGGCAGCCUGACAGAAGAUCAAGUAUCUGUAGACAGUGACAGCAGUGAGAAAUAUGUAAUUCUCCUUGAAGCAGAAUCAGGGCAGGAAUCACUUCUCCCAAACACCAGCAUAGACCUUAUACCAACAAUGGGCAGCAAUCAGAGUCUUCCAGAAAGUGUAGAUGGAGGGCACAGAGGAGAGGGAUUUCACAAACACUCUACGGUCACCAACUCCUUGACACCAAGUGAGGAUGAUUCCAAUGCCGAACAGGCUUCAGUGCUGUUACUGAAAAUACAUGAAGUGAAUUGUGCGAUUGGCAUAAGAGGUGAUGACGUUGCUGUCAGUGUCCAGGCGAAAGAAGUGAUUCCUGAUCAGCUGGGUAACAUGAGUGUGCAGAAGUUUCUGAGCAGCCAUACAACUGGCUUUCGGAAGGCUUGUCCAGUGGAGUCAAACAGAACACAACCUGCUGUGUGCUUGAGAUUUGAAUCGGGGCCAGGCUCAGCCGUUCACUCUCCACUUGCUGUUAAGAAUGGAUUUCUGCAAUUUCACAUUAAUAAUUACAGCGCAGAGCUGUCAAUGUCCUCACUCACAAACCUGGGUCCUUUCUUGGAGGAUGAAAUUAUUCCAGAAGUCAUUCCAAUGAAGAUAGAACUUUUUGACUGUAAAAUUACUCUUAAGGAUGAUGGCCCAAGACUAUAUCCGACAUCUCCAGGUCCUGUCCCCAUAAUUCUUCAUGUUGAUCACCUGAUGGUACAGCGAGUUGAUGAUGGGACAUUUUGUAUAAUGGCCUUGCAGACAAGCCAAAAUGAAGCCGUUGUGGAGAAUGAAGAGACUCGUUUGGUCAUGAGUGGAUCUCAUCAGGUCAAACUUGGAAUGAUGAAAAGUGGAGGAAUGCAGCCACACUCAGAGGUUCAGAGUUCAUCAGAUCUGACUCUUGCAAAGGACAUGAAUGAGCUCCUUAGGCAGGAACUUGCCUGUACAAAGGAAGCCUUGAAGAAGGCAAAUCAAGAUAAAGAGAGAUUGCUGCAAGAAAUAAAGAAGCUAAAUCCUGAAUUUACACUUUGAUUAUCACAGGUUCAGCAUAUUGUUAUCACUACUGACAGCCAAGACAACAAACACCUAACACAAACUUUACUCAGUGAUUUGGUUACCAGAAAGAGAUCAGCAUAAUAGGCCUCAGUCACUCAGUGCACCCACCAAGAUACGCAAGAAUGAGGUUUUUGAAUAUGCACAGAAGAGACUGAACCAACGAUGCUCUGUUUUCAUUCAUGUCAACAACAUAAUACCUUGGCUAUUGCAAGUAGCACAAUUGAAGAGUGAUUUUUUUAAUGUAACAUUUACAACUCCAUAUGGUGAAGUUGGUAACCACCUUUGGUUUUAAAAAAAAACUGGAGUUUGCAAUGUGGAAGCAUUAUGGAAGGAAAUUCUGACAGAAAAUUGAUGCAUUUGGGUUCAGAAGGUUAAGAGUGUUAAAUGAGUACUGUUUACAAUGAACAAUUGGGUGGAUUGGUUUACAACAAAGUUUUGUUGAUGUAAUGGAUAAGCAGUAUCAACUGCAAGCAAAUUACAGUAUUUAUUGGUGACCUCGUGCACUCUAAUAUUUAUUGUUCUUCUCUAUGUACCUCUUCAAGUUCUACAGGUAAAAGUCCAAGUGUAAAGUGUCCUUGCAAAGUAGAUGCUAUCUUGGCCAGCUGUUUUGUGAGUCUGGCAUUUGAAGGUCUUGAAGUGGUUUAUUCUGCAUUUGGAGCUGUUGUUGCAAGGUCUUUCAGGAAAAUAGUAAUUAGCUAACAGAAAUAAAUUGGAAGAAGACACCAAUUACAAACACUCAUGACACAACUUAAAUGCUGUUACAAGUAUCCUGCAGUCUUCCCACUUUUGAGCACUGUAAUGUAGAUACCUUAGCAAACACGAGGUUAGUGAGAUUUCCUUGUGAAGGGCUUCUUUCCAGAGCUGUGUUGAAUUUCCCAACAAUCUGUUAUUGAUGGAAGUUUUUACUGCUUUUGGCCAGGCUUUCGAAUCUGUCAUCUAGUAUAUGAUCAUGAGACACUUCACCAUGGUUGGGAAAGGAGCAGAGAUUUACUAAAUGAGCUUCUGUAUCAUAGGACUUGAUGCAGAAUAACAGAAUUCUAGAGUAGCAUGUAGUUCAUAUUUCUAAUUUUGCUCUUUCCCUUUGUUCUCUCGUAUUUAGGAAUUUUAUGCAGAUGUAAGUAUGUAUUCUGUUUUAAAGAGCUGCUAAAUUUCAAACCCGGUGAAGCAAAAUGUUCUGUUACUAUAAAUGAGGAUUUAGAAUUAGUUGGAAAGUACAAGAGUAAUUUAAGUAUAGGAUAAACCAUACAAAAUCAAAUUCCUUGAGUACAGACUUAUCACACAGCAUACUGAUGCAAUUGUUAUGCUAUAUGAGAAUACCUGGGUCACACUAGCAUAUAGCUGAACCAGUGAAAGUAUUAUUCAACUCACUUUCUGUAUGACCACAAAGUAAACUGGGCUUGUGAAACUCCUCCAGGUGCUUUACUCCAUGCAAAACCAGACUUAAAUGUAUUGGGUGCUGCUAACUAGAAAUGCUCCCAGUUUUUAAACACAUGACUAAUUUUUAACAGAGACUUCUAUCUUGACUUCUGGCAUGCUAGAUAUUGCCCAUUAUUGUCCCUACUUGCACAAAUGUAAUUGCCUGUUGGCUAGUUGGAGAUACUUGGGUGUAACAAGUUUUCAUAUUUCCGGUGGGUUUGGAACAACAGACUGCUUCUGUUGCCAUGACGAUUUCUGUGUGUUUGUAUGUUCAUUUUAUUGGAAAUUGGUCACAAUUUGGUCAUAAACACCAAAUUAUGGUGCAUUUCAUCUGACUUAAGUUUUGACAAUGGUGUUCCAUUUUCAGCUGAUACACCAUCAUAACAAGAAAACCAUUAUAAUAAUCUUGGCCAUUAUUCAAGGAUCUAUUUUUAAUGCAUAAAUCAAAAAUUAGCCAGCUACACUACUCUGAAAAUAUAUUUUCCAAAUAAUUAAAACAAUGCAUUGGAGAACUUGCAAUCCACUCAAAUAUAAAAUUGCAGUUAAGAGGAAGGAUUUUGGAUCAGCUUUUCAAUGCAAAAAGUUCCUGCUUUUUAUUAAUCAAGACUCAUUGCUGAAAUGGAGUGUAUAUGAAUGUUGGUGAGAUCAGGUCCACUUUGAACUCUGUAGUAAAAUGUUCACUGUCAGUUGCAUGAAUGACCACUUGGUAGGUGUUGAAGGGAAAAUAGUAGGUGGAUUUUAGAAGAAUGAAAUAAAUGCAUUUCUGGAUAGAAAUGAAAACACAUAUUCCCAUGAUCCUAGUUUUCAUUUUUGUUCACUGAAGGUAAUUCUUAUCAAGUUAAGUUGGCUCUUCUCAAUGACCUGACUAACUUUGCUUGGUAGCAACAGAAUAAAACAUUAUUUUGAAUCUUUUUUUAAAAAUAAAUGUUACCUAAACAUACUGUACUUAACACGUUCCAGUUAAAAGGGGAAUGCACACAUCUGAUUUCUUUUAAACUGCUCUCUCUCAGCAUUCUGGCCAGUCAUGGGAUAUUUUGAGUGGAACAUAUUGAAUACACUAUUGUUUGAGGUCAACUUACUGUUUCACUGUUGAGAUGUGAGGAAUCCAAUGAUCGGUGAUUCUUGAUGGCUUUUUUUCCAUAAAUAUUCAAAGUGCUGAGUUGUUCCACUGACCCAGAGUGUGAAAAAAAUUUUAGAAACGUUGAGAUUGAGAAGCUUUAUUGAUGUGAAUUCAACCAUAUUUUUCCACCUAAAUUACUGAUCCUAAUUUCCUCUUUUUUUCUUAUCUGAAUAUUCAAAUGAAAAGCAACAAAUCACUUCUGCCCUUGUAUGUGGUUUAUGAAAAUACAAAUAGCAGUUGUCAGCUUUAUCAGCAGAGUGAAUCUGUAAUGUUGGAAGCCCUAAUUAUUUUCUAUUUUAUACAUUCUCCCUCUUGUGGAAGUUGACCUUUUCACGAGUUUAUCUCAUAAACCUCAAAAUAUAGAUACUGUUGAGUCAAGUAAUCAGGAUUGGAAUUGAGGGAUUGUAAAGCUAACUUCAGAAAUUUCAGCUGCAGUAUUGUGUGUCUCAGUAACCUAAUAGCAGUAUUGAUUACACUAGCAUAAAGUAGUGGAAUUCAAUAACUGGGUACUCCCCAGCUUUGUUCUAGUAAAAACGAAAUGGUUUUGUACUUGAAUAAAUUUCCAGAGUAUUGAAUUGUUUACAUUGUGCCAAAUGGCUAACCUCGUAAUUUAUGAAAUGGUGUACAUAUGAAGUCUACGUUUUUUUUAUUGUCUUGAAGGUUAAGUGAUAAGGAUAAUAUUGCUGACUUACGUACCUAACCAUCAAAAUCUUGAAGUGUAAUACAACUAUUUGUCACUUUAAAAGGAUGAAUUACAGAAAUCUCUUAUCUGACUAAUUUUGUUAAAUUAGAGGUUUACCUGCUGCCAGCUUCAUCCACUUGAAUAGAGCUUAUACAAGCUCUAUAAAUGAGCAACGUUAAUACGAUGCUGUGAAGUGCUGAUUGCCAACUUACUUUGAUGUCACUUUUCAUUUCAUCAGCAUAAUACUUUUUUUAAAAAAAAGACUAAUGUUACUAUAUUUGGAAGUAAAGGUUAAAAUGCAGUUGUUGUACUGAUUAUCUAUGGUUAAAGUGCCUAAUUUUGCACCUUAUAUUUGAGAAAAUGAUUUCAAGAGCUUACGCAAACCUUAUUGUAAAGCAGGAUUGUUUUGGUCAAGAAUGAUGCAAUUCACCUUUAAACAUGACUAUUCAUAUUUUAUUUCAAUAACUAUAACUUGUAAUUUGCACCAGGUGUAACAGGAUGUCUCUUAACUCAGUAAGCCCUUGCAUUGUUUGUGGAGAUAUUAAGCAGAAUCAAAACACCUGUGAAUCUUUGAAUUCCAGUAUUUACUGUCUUUGUGAAAGCUCAACUCUUCCUCUGUCUAAUUCCCCUUCUAUCAUCACUAGAUGAUGUAUUGAUUGUUAGGGUGAGGCCUGUCCCUUGGCAAGACUGACUCUUUUGCUUUUUACUCUGUUUUAUAUGUGCAGCAAAGCUUUAUCCUAUGAACAUCGUAGUUCAUGAUGCUGAAUCAGAUUCUACUACCAUACAUUAAUGCUCUAAUACUCUACACUGUCUUUAUUUCUUGAGGUAUAUGAUUAGAAGAUUCAUGAAUGCCAGGGAAUUUCUAGAAUAAUCACCUACAGCACCAGGCCUGAACCACGUCGCUGUUUUAACUGAACACUUUUGGUAUGCACGUACUAAAAUCUAUCAACGUGUUUUGUAAUAAAGUGUUGAAUAGGUAGAAUUAUGCUCUGUAUACAAAAGCACAAUCUUUUUAGUAUAUCUUAACUGUUAACUUCUGACGGAAUUUUCUUCUCUCCUGCACCACAUUUCACUCUUGCUCUGGUUAAUUCCUUUUGUAGUGCAUAUACCUUAAUGCUUUGUUUCAUACGAGUGUAGUUACUGCCUUGAACUGUUGGAUUUAAACUAGCACUUUUAGAAUAUUUCUAGAGUGCUCACAAACCACUUGUAAAGCUCAAAUAUCAGUAUUUCCAGAGAAAUGCUUCCAUGUCAUUUGACACUAAAUCGUAGACUUUAAAUUGUAUAAUAGGGACCAACUUUCAAUUUUUCCAUAAAUUAAUUUUGGACAAGUACCUAUACAAAUUGGGUUUUUAAAAAAUAAAUCUAUUGUUCACUAAGUAAUAAGCCACACUGGGGGGAGGGGGGAGAAAAACAUACCAACUUGAACCAGAAAACUAAGGAAAUUCUAAAUUUCCCUCAAUAACUGAAAUCAUUAUUCAAAAAGCUUCUACUCCUGAUCAGAGCUUGGGAGCAUUAAGGGUUAACAUUCUGCUUUUUUUCUUCUGGCAAGUACAGACCUCACUUACCAUCAUUCUUAACACUUCCACUGAUCUUUCCUUUUAUCAUUUUAACAGUUAUGGAAAGGAUGUUCAGCUGUUGAAAUUGUAUUCGAAUGAUCACCUUGUCACAGUCAAGCCAGCUUUUCUCUAAUUAUUGUAAAGUGAAUUUAAUUAGUAAUUCAACUGCAGUAACAGGAAAAUGACAAAAAUAAUCCAUUCCAGAUUACAUUUGUGCAAUUGUUAAAUCACUUGUAGAUGUUCAGAGUCACAACUACAGGAACACUUAUUUUAAGUAUUUAAGUAAAGGUACUCUGCAGUUAUUUUAGUACUGUACAGUUAAUGCAUGAGCAUUGUACCAUAAACUGCAAGUUUAAGUGGUUUACAAUGUGUGUUCGAAGCAUUAGUGUUGAAAUUCUGGUGUAUGGUAUUUUCAGUUCCAGAUUUGCUUAGCACCACUCUUGUACAUGUUGAUAACUGGUUCUGUGAACCAGUUAUGUUAAGUAUUUUUGAAAUAAAUUUGUCAUCUAAAGUGCCUCUGGUAUGUUGCUGAUAAAACAAAUUC